AUGACAGUCGAUGGGCAAAGUGCAGCUUACACAUGUCUCUACUGCAUCUAUGGGUUUCCCGCGGCAAAGCCCUUAUCGCAAUGGACGAGUUUCACGGACAAGGAUAUCUCCUCCCAGCGCCCCGACAAACGGGAGGCCAGCCUAAUGAUGCAGGCGGGGGAGAUCAGAACCGGGCCGAAUGAAUGCACCUCCUGCCAGAAAAGGAAGGGGUAUUGGCAAGACUGCGUCGCAAUAGAAGACCGGACUCUCCAGGACCAGCGCAUGGGGCACCUCGCGGUGUGUGCAAACUGCAUUCGAAGCAAGACCAAGGGGUUAUGCUCCUUCAACCCGAAUUGGUCGCCCGAAAAGGAGGAACAACAGCGCGCGAGGAAAAACGAGCGUCAAACGGAGAACCGCAAGCGGCUGCGCGAGAUCGUGAAGCCAGCCCUAGAGAUCGCGGUACGCGAAAUCUCGCAGGUUUUGCCGGAGGAACGCCACUGGCCUCCUUUGGGCACCCGUCUCAGCGACGCGUGGGCGUUACUUGCCAUCAACGAACUGUCUACUGCGGACAGAGCCCAUUACUAUCCACCAGAUUUUGACCAACAGGGCUGUGACGCAGGCUUCUGCAGUGAACUGGACGAAAACCAUAUAUCAUUGCCCAAGGCUGGAAAGAAGGAACGUCUCGCAAAGAAGAAGGAUCAGGAAGAGAAGAAGUCUGUGGUGAACGGGGUGGAGAAUGACGAGAAGGCAGACAUUGAUAUGCGCUUUGGAGCUUUUUCGCCAAGUGACAGAGGUAUUCAGCAUUACGGGUUUGUGCUUAGCAGACCGCUCGAGCAGGUGAUAGGCAAGAAAGACGACUUUCGGUCAUUUUAG